AGCGCUUUCGUUUUCUUCGUCGUUCCUAGCCUGGGCGCUGUCCCACAGCAGAGACAAGAUAGGGCUACAGUUCGUCGCAACAGCUGAUAAGGAGAAAAGAGAGACUGCUGUACUGCCCAAGUUCUACCCCGUGUGCAUCGACCUUCCUCAACAGCUGUUUAAAUACUUGUGUUUGCUGUACCCUGUAGCCACGGAGUCCAGGGAGGAAAGAAUUGACAGUGGUAUAGGAGGUUGUCCUGCCACUGGAGACCAAUGUCUCUACUUAAUUGUGCCUGCUCAAAAGAAAACCGUUUGAGGGAAAACAGAUCAGACAAGAAACUGUUGGACAAGGUGAAAGAGAAGACAAAGGAAGAAUCUGAGAGUGUGCAAGGAGCCGUAAGUGCCUCUCCAGAAAAGAAAAUGGAUGGAGUCAUAUGUUACCCGCCAGACAGUCAGCAGUACGAACUGUUUGCUGUAAUCGGCAAAGGUCAUUCCAAUUCAUCCACCAUAUCCCUGGCAAAGCAUGUGUCCUCGGACGGUCUUGUGGCUGUGAAACGCAUUAACCUGGAGAUGUGGGAUCGAGAGCUCUCCUACCUACAGAAUGAGAUAGUGCUGACUCAGCAGUUGUCCCACCCCAACAUCCUGCCCUUCUACUGCAGCUUCAUCACACAGCAGGAGCUGUGGGCCGUCAUGCCUCUCAUGGCUUUUGGCUCCUGUCGAGAUUUGAUGCACGCCUACUUCAACUCCGGCCUCCCAGAGCAGGCCAUUCUGUUUGUGUUGAGAGACGUGUUGUCAGCGGUGGAGUACAUCCACCACAGGGGGGUUAUACACAGAGGUAUCAAGGCCAGCCAUGUAAUGAUCUCAAAGACAGGCCAGGUUCGCCUGUCCGGACUACACAAUGCCUUCGACACUAUACAGAGCGGCAAACGCAUGCGUCGUGUACAUGAUUUCCCUGACCACACAGUGGACUGUGUGCACUGCUACAGCCCAGAACUCUUGGAACAGAAUCUGGCAGGUUAUAACUGCAAGUCAGAUAUGUACAGUAUUGGAAUUUUGACGUGUGAGUUAGCCAAUGGCCAGUCUCCAUUCUCAGACAUGCCUGCCACUCAGAUGCUCCUUGAGAAGCUGAGUGGUACAAAGCCUCGACUCGCAGACUCAACAACAGUGGGCGAGUUUAUUAUCGAUGAAGAUGAAAACGCUGAUGACCAAAGUGGCACCCCUCAAGAAAGAGCAGAUGAUAUUUUUUUCAAAAGAACAUUCUCACCGCAUCUUCACGACUUUUCCUCUUUGUGUUUAGAGAGGGAGCCUCUGAGCAGGCCCUCAGCUAGUCAGCUACUUAGCCACCCUGUCUUUAAAGCCAUCCACAACAAAUCCUGCUCCAUUCUGCCCAGCCUCCUGCAGCCGGUCACACCUCUUACAGAUAUCAGCCGAGCCCCAAGAGAUGUCUCGGCAGAGGAGGAAGAUUUCAGCAGAAAGAUGAGUGAGGUGUCGAUGCAGGAUGACUGGGCGUUUUGACGGCAGCAAGUUAGGACCAGAAUAGCAAUCUGUAACUGAAAACUUCAUAUUCUCUUUUUGGUGGAGUCUGUCCAACUUUUAUAUGCUGCUUUUGAUUUCCAGGAUGUAUUACUAGGUACCACAAGUGAAAAUUGUUUUUGAAGAGUACCAUAACAGGACUAUAAUUUCCAUAUAGUGCUCAGUGAAACAAGAACUAUAAAAAAAAAAAAAAGAA